ACAUAAAAAAAAGUUGCUAUAUUCAUAGUGUGGCGGCGAACAUUUUCUUUCAAAAAGUUGCUAUAUUUGUUUAUUCAUACAUCUUUCACAAUCGAAUUCCCAUUGACAUAUAAAAAUAACACAAAGCAAGUAUCAGUUGCAGAGGAAAAACAUACUUGGACCUUAUGAUUAGAGAUUCUCUCUCACUCACAACCAAUUCCCUUUGAGAUUCUGUGAUUUCUCAGUCUUCUUGUCUCCUUCUCAUGGCUCUGUUCAGUCUCCAUCUCCCACGUUACGCCUCUGUUCUUGGAUUUAUCCUCUUGCUGCUCCGUGAUGGUCAGCGAUUUUUUACGUUUUCUUCAUCUCAGUUUUUCACUCUUCCUCAAAUUCUACUGAAGCUCGUUUUGUUUUUUCCUCUGUUUUUGUUUUCCCUAAAGGUGUUAAGUGUACAACGUUCACGCUAGUUAACAAAUGCGAUUUCCCAGUGUGGCCAGGGAUUUUAUCCGGUUCAGGUAGUCCCAAACUCGAUUCCACUGGAUUCGAGCUCUCCAAAGAUACCUCUCGCACUUUCCGAGCACCUGCAGGUUGGUCUGGUCGCUUUUGGGGCCGUACUGGCUGCAACUUUGAUGGUUCUAGUAGUACCACGAGCUGAUCCACCGGAGAUUGCGGCUCAGGGGAGAUGGAAUGUAAUGGAUCCGGAGCUGAACCGCCAGCCACACUAGCCGAGUUCACUCUCGGUAUUUCCGGGUCUCUAGACUUUUAUGAUGUCAGCCUUGUUGAUGGCUAUAACCUCCCCAUGAUCGUGGAGGGUUCUGGUUUGUGCCCCACCACAGGGUGUGUCACGGACUUAAACCAGAAUUGCCCAACGGAGCUCAAAGCCAAGAGGAGUUUGGCUUGUAGAAGUGCGUGUGAGGCGUUUGGAAGACCGGAAUAUUGCUGCAGUGGCGCAUACGGUUCACCAGAUAGCUGCAAGCCGUCGAUGUACUCACAAGUUUUUAAGUCAGCUUGUCCUAAAUCGUACAGUUACGCGUAUGAUGAUGCCACAAGUACUUUCACUUGUAGUGGUGCUGAUUACACCAUCACUUUUUGUCCCAAAUUGUCAAGUUUGAAGUCUUCGAAAGAACCACCUCCUGAAGAGACAGGAGGUGAAUCUGGUUCUGGAACUGACUCGAGUACAGAGAUACAACAACCGAUAGAAGAAGCGUCAUUAGCGAAUUCUUAUUACGCGGCUAUGGCUAUCGGAGAAUCGACUAGAAAUACCGCUUCUUUUCUUCUCCUUUUGAUUUUCGGUUGGAUCAGCUUGUAGCUUUGGUUAUCGCAACAAGAAAAUGACAAAAAACUAAGAGAGAAGUAGAAACAGAGAAGGUGCAAAAUUGACGUGGAACUGUUAAUUUCCUCAAUAGUGAAGGCAAAGCUUGUCACUUUUGAGGGAAACCUUCAAUUGAAAUAUUUGAUUCGUCACCUUGUAUCAUUUUCAUAUCAUGAGCGGCAUAAUUCAAGAAAU